UUGGAUCGUCUUGGUCUUUGUCUUCGGUCGGCAUCAGCCACCAUUAGCACGGGCAGAUGGUUUUGUUUUAGCUUUGGGAGCUGCUCAUCAUGCGGUCGUUGUGUUGUCAUUCAGCGCACACAUUGUGAUGAUAGACUGAGAACUGUGCUGUAAUUUCUAGUACACAUGUGGAUGAUAGACCGUCAUACUGGGAGUUAGUCCCGUUAAGACAGAAAUGAUGGCCUUCACAGCCUGGACAUGUCUUCACACUACCAUCCUCAUCUGCAUGGGGUACACAGCAGCCUCUCAGAGAAACGACAACAUCUACAUGUCAGAGAUCACCAAUGCAGCCUGUGGAGAUGUUGCAGAACUGUUGAGGGCCUCCAGUGGGGUGAUCACCAGCCCAGGGUGGCCAUUUGAAUAUCCAUCUAGAGUCAACUGUAGCUGGAACAUCCGAGCCAAGCCUGGAGAUAUUAUCACCAUCAGUUUCCAGGACUUUGAGCUGCAGAAUUCUCAUCGAUGUGGUUUGGACUGGAUCUCUAUUGGCAGCUUUAAGAACCUUGAUGGUUUCCGGGCGUGUGGUUCCUCUCUGCCUGCUCCUUACAUCUCCUCCCAGGACCAUGUGUGGAUUAAGUUCCACUCUGACGACAGCCUGACUGGGAAGGGCUUCAGACUGGUCUAUAUAACAGGUAAGUCAGAGCAGUCGAGCUGUGAGACGGACCAGUUCCGCUGUUCUAAUGGGAAGUGUAUCCCAGAGUGGUGGAGGUGUAACUCCAUGGACGAGUGCGGCGAUAACUCUGAUGAGGAGCUGUGUGUGCAGACCAACCCCUCUGCAGCCUUCUCCUUCCAGCCCUGCGCCUACAACCAGUUCCCCUGCCUGUCCCGCUACACCCGCGUCUACACCUGUCUGCCGCACGCACUCAAAUGUGAUGGCAGCAUUGACUGUCAGGACCUGGGAGACGAGAUCGACUGUGAUGUUCCGACAUGCGGGGAACGCUUGAGGAACUUCUAUGGAUCCUUCAGCUCUCCUAAUUACCCAGACUUUUACCCUCCUGGCAGCAACUGCACCUGGCUUAUAGACACCGGUGACCAUAGGAAGGUCAUUUUACGGUUCACGGAUUUUAAGCUGGACGGGACUGGCUAUGGAGACUAUGUCAAGGUUUAUGAUGGUUUGGAGGAGAACCCCCGACACCUCCUCAGGGUCUUAACGGCCUUUGAUUCCAGAGCUCCUGUUGCCGUGGUUUCAUCAUCCGGACAGCUCAGAGUCCAUUUCUAUGCUGACAAGAUUAAUGCUGCGAGAGGAUUCAAUGUUACCUAUCAGGUGGAUGGGUUCUGUUUGCCUUGGGAGAUUCCUUGCGGGGGGAACUGGGGUUGCUACACAGAGCAGCAGCGCUGUGACGGGUUCUGGCACUGCCCCAACGGUCGGGAUGAGCUCAACUGUUCCGCUUGCCAAGAGGAUGAGUUCCCCUGUUCACGAAAUGGAGCCUGCUACCCUCGAUCGGACCGCUGCAACUACCAGAACCGCUGUCCCAAUGGUUCUGAUGAAAAGAACUGCUUCUUCUGCCAGCCUGGAAACUUCCACUGCAAGAAUAAUCGGUGUGUGUUUGAGUCAUGGGUAUGUGACGCCCAGGACGACUGUGGGGAUGGCAGCGACGAGGAGAGCUGUCCCGUCAUUGUACCUACACGAGUCAUCACUGCCGCCGUCAUCGGUAGCCUCAUCUGUGGCCUCCUGCUGGUCAUUGCUCUGGGCUGCACCUGCAAACUCUACUCCCUCCGCAUGUUUGAACGCAGGUCGUUUGAGACCCAGCUGUCUCGGGUGGAGGCGGAGCUACUGAGGAGGGAGGCCCCGCCUUCUUAUGGUCAGCUGAUUGCCCAAGGGCUCAUCCCACCAGUGGAAGAUUUUCCUGUCUGCUCUGGAAAUCAGGCCUCAGUCUUAGAGAAUCUGCGCCUUGCUGUCCGCUCACAGCUUGGCUUCUCCUCCCUGCGUCUCACCUCCUCCAGUCGUCAUGGUAACCUGUGGAGACGUUUCUUAUCCUUCUCACGAUCAAGGCGGUCAGGUUCUCUCCCACUGGUCUCCUCUGACCCAGAGGACAGUGGUGGUAACGGCAGCACUGGAAGUUCUGGUUCUGGCCAGCGUGACACAGAGCGUGGCAGUCGGCAGCGCGGCCCACUGACCGUGGACUCUGAUGAUACUGACACUGAGAGCGAGAGGGGGGGGGCUGUGGGUGGGGCAGUUGCACCCCUUCCUCACAAAACACCCCCCUACCAUGCAGUGGAAGCCAUCGUAUCCAUGACAACCAGCACCCCCACCCCCGGCUGUGACCAGAGCAGGGGGGUGUUUGGAGAGAUACGGCCCAGGGACCGGUCCCCUGAGGGUGGUCCAGCUGUGGUGGCCAGCAGACUUGGUCCGGAGCAGCCGGUCUGCUCCUCACCACUUCUCUCUGCUCCUCAAACCUCUGAAGGCCCACUGGGCUCCGCUCUGAGCCGCCUGGCCCACAGCCUGCGCUGGGUCCGACGCUUGGGCAGAACAGGGCCAGAGCCCCAACAGAACCGGAACCAGAGCCCGCUGAGACAUCUGGAGCAGGGAGGAGGGGACAGGAGGAGCAGCAGAGAGGAGGAGGAAGAUGUAGAACUCCUCAUCCCUAUCUAUGACUCUGACUCUUCUUCUUCCUCCUCAUUGCUGGAGCCACGCCCAUCCUCCAACUCUAGCCAUAUCCACCACCAUCAUCAUGGUAGCAGUUGCCAUGGAGGCAGAGAGGGUCUAUGUGAACACUGUGGGAUGGUUCAUACAGCCCAGAUCCCCGACGCCUGCCUAGAGGUUACAGGCAAGACAGAGAGCAGUGACGAUGAACUACUGCUGACCUGCUAACUACACUGGACUACAGCUAAGCAGCAUGCUAGGCUAAUAUAUUAGACUGGACCACAGCUAACUAGCACACUAUGCUAACACAUAAAACUGGACUUAAGCUAACUAUUAACACAUUAGAUUGGACCACGGCUAACUAGCACACUUGACUAACACAUUUGACUGGACUACAGCUAACUAAUUUGCUAGGCUUACUCAUUAGAACACAGCUAACUAGCAUGCUAGGCUAACACAUUGGGCUGGACUCCAAGAUAACCAGCUGUUUAUGAUGACAGAUUAGACUUGACUACAGCUAACCAGUACUCUAUGCUACCACAUUAGACUUAACUACACAGAAGUAGCUAGCAAGGUUAAUGUAUUGAAUUUAACUGCAAUUACAACCAUGCUGGGCUAACAUGUCACAUGACUGGACUACAGUUAAGCAGCAGGCUAGCGUAAAAUGUUACAUGACUGGACUACAGCUAAGCAGCGGGCUAGGCUAACACAUUAGACUGGAUUACAACAAAGCAGCAGGUUAGGCUAGAAUUUUAGACUGGACUACAGCUAAGCAGCAGGCUAGGCUAACACAUUAAAGUGAACUGGACCAAAGUGGGGAUAAAGAGAAGCAGUGUCUGCCUAAAUGACUGAGAGUCAGACUGGUGUCAGGUCAGAGAGCCACUCACACCAACUUGGUAAACCAACCCUGCUGGUUUAGAUUCAAAAACUGUGGAAAAUAUAAUGAUGAUGUCAUAACCUGUUGGUACAGCCAUAAAUAUGUUCCUCUAUUGCUCUUUCUGCUCCACCCUUAAUUAAGCUCCCUUCUACUCAACAAGGAAUCCACUAACGACAGGCCUGAGCAUUUCAUUUGGUAUGACAUUAACCGUAGGUCCAUCCAUAUUCACAGUCCUCAAUGUUCUCCCUCCAGACCCUCUCCAGUUGGAGGGCUGCUCUGGAUGACUGACAGACACAUGUUGGUACGACAUUUAAAGGUAUCGCCCCUCGUCGCUCCCUGUGGUGGUCCGGCUUCUACAUUUCACCAUCCUGACUUCCAGUCAGCCCAUUUGCAUCCCUGAGACCUUUUUGCUGUGACUCAGAUUUGACUUGGUACUGAGUGUUGGACUCUAUUGUGAUGUGAGAGAGCAGCAUUGUGCUGACAAUGUCCCUUCUACACUAACUGGCUUUUGUGUGAUGGAACCUGACUUGCAUCAGAAAGAAUAGUCCAAUUCUGUACUGAGAAUAUUUUUAUCAUUUUUGGAGAUUUACUGAGAUGGUCCUGUUUACACUCUGUGACAACACAACUGUAUGUCUCUUCUUCCCCCAAACCAUCUCCCUCUCUUCUCUUCCUCUCCUCACAGUGUCUCACUCCUCUCUCCCUUUGCUCUGUACAGAGGAAGCAGUUCUCUCUAUUUAUUAGUUUGUCCCAAAUGUGGUGCUGAGAUGACCCAGUGUGAGUGUGACUAUAUAUUUAUUAUUAAUACUAUUAUGAAUAUUGAUUUGCUGGUAAGUAGUUGUUACCUGAUGUUGCAUGUUUCAAGCCGUCUUGUGAUUUUUUAUUUUACUUUAUUUUUUUGUCAAGUGGUAAGGUGUUGAAAAGAAAGUAAAUUUAAUUGUUACUGCACUAAAGAUUAAAGAGUUCAUU